CAGCCGUCAGUACGACUGAAGCCGACGCAGCGAACGCAUUCGCAACGAAUACAACCAAAACGUACGGAUACUAACACGGACAAACGAACAGACAUAGACACACAGUAAUAGUGACUGUAGACAAUAAAGUUGAAACAAUAAACGCGUUGCAGCAGCAAAACGUGCGCGCCUUACUUGCAAACGGCAAAUUAAAUUUUUAAAGUAUACUUUUCGGCGUUUAGUGCGACUUAGCGAUUUUUUCGCUAAAUUUUAACGCUUAACUGAAACGCAUUUAACUGCUUUGCGUCUAAGUGAACUCGAAACAUUCUGUGCGCGCCUGAAACGCGGCAACGAACAACUCUAGACUUCAGCUAUGGCAACUAGGCAUUUAUCAACGGCAGCGCCUUGGGCUAUGCUGCGCCUGUGGCUAGUGCUCUGCAUGACGCUGAAUGCGCUCCAACAACCACGCCUGGUUCAGGCCGCGUCCGUUGAUGCUGACGGUCCUGCCGCUCCGCCCUACGACCUGGACUCGGUAAUAAAUCAGCUUGUGUAUCCAAAUCCGGUAUAUCAAUUGCAUGCCUCCGCGCUACGCAGCCAAUUGCGCAACUUGCUACGCGAACGUCAGUUAGCCGCCGACACCGCCGCCCCGAACGAGAAUGAGCAGCUUUACAACGCUGCCGUGCCGGACUAUGACUACAUCGACGAGGACAAACGUUCCGUGGCCGCUUUGGCCGCACAGGGCAUGUUACAUCCCAAACGCAGUUUGGCAACACUCGCCAAGAACGGACAGCUGCCCUCGCUGCCCGAUCCCGAUGACGCCGAACCGACGGCACAAAACGAAGACAAGCGUUAUGUGGGCGCAUUGGCGCGCGGCGGCGGUUUCGCCACCUACGGCAAACGCAACAUCGGCACAUUGGCACGUGACUUUCAGUUGCCGCAAAAUGGCAAACGCAAUCUGGCAACAUUGGCGCGCUUGGGACUGCUCACCAAAGGCGACGGUAGCAAACGCAAUUUGGCCGCUGUGGCACGUUACAACUCGCACGGACGCCAGGCCACGCUCGCACCGGCUGAGAAACGUAACAUUGGCGCAUUGAAGGCAUCACCCGUGCAUGGCAUACAACACAAGCGUGAUGAGGAUGAGGUCUACUUGCCGGCCAGUCUCUUCGGUAGCGACAUGGACUAUGCUGAGUUUAUGCCCAACUAUUGGUUGUAUCCCAGCUAUGCCGAUUUGGACUGGGGUGACUUUGGACGCGCACAAAAACGCUUUCUAGAUACCUCCAGGAAUCCCGAACUCUUUGGCAUCGAAAACGCUGCACCAAGCGCCGACUCUGACUUUAUGCUGCCCAUAGGCGGCCUGGAUCCCGGCGAAGAGGAGGAGGCGCUGUCGCAAGAGGACACGCAGGAUGUGGCCGCCGCACCGCCGAUUGGCGCACCUUAUGGGCCGCCACAACAGAAGCGCCACAUUGGCGCCGUCUACCGCUCGGGCUUCCUACCCAGCUAUCGUUCGUUGCGCAGCAUCUCCGGCAGCUUAGGCGGCAGCAUCGGCGGCGGUGGCGGCGGCCGUUUUAGUCGCUCUGGACGUGCCAGGCAAUUUGUCGAGUACUACCCCCCACACGAGCGACUGCAUCAACCCAUCGCGGCCGCUUGUAAACGCUGUUUCCUACCCUACCGCCCAGUGGUGCACUGGGGCGGUGCUGCCGGUAUACGCGGCCGCAGCCCAAACAAUAAAUACUACGCCUACACCAUCACCACUAACAACAACAACAAUGACAACGCCGCCAAUGCCGACGCGGACGCCAACAGCAUGCUGCUGACGAACGCGCUGCCGACAACGAUCAAUCGACCGCCGAUCGCAUACGCCUCCACCGCCAACAAUUACUACUACAACAGCGCGAGCGCGAACAACAAAAACCACAGUCCGAAAAGUCGCUUCACCAACAACGGAAAGAGCGCAUAUCGGGCGCGCGCGCGCUCUAUAGCCGGCGCGUCGGCUGUCGGCAAGUCACGGCACUGGGGCACGCCGCCGCGUAUUACAGCAUUGCACCGUCGCAGUUUUCGUCGACCCGUUACGAACUCCUUGGAAAAUGACGCUAACUGAAUGUGAAUGAAAAAAAAAUAU